GCGGGGCUGGGGCCGGGGUCGGGGCCGGUGGGCGCCCCGCCCCCGUCUCCGGGCCUGCCCCCCUCAUGGGCUGCGAUGAUGGCGGCCCUGUACCCGACCACGGACCUCUCGGGCGCCUCCUCCUCCUCCCUGCCUUCCUCCCCAUCCUCUUCGUCGCCGAAUGAGGUGAUGGCGCUGAAGGAUGUGCGGGAGGUGAAGGAGGAGAACACCCUGAAUGAGAAGCUUUUCUUGCUGGCGUGCGACAAGGGUGACUAUUAUAUGGUUAAAAAGAUUUUGGAGGAAAACAGUUCAGGUGACUUGAACAUAAAUUGCGUAGAUGUGCUUGGGAGAAAUGCUGUUACCAUAACUAUUGAAAACGAAAACUUGGAUAUACUGCAGCUUCUUUUGGACUACGGUUGUCAGUCCGCAGAUGCACUUUUGGUGGCAAUCGACUCUGAAGUAGUGGGAGCUGUUGAUAUACUACUUAAUCAUCGACCAAAACCAUCAUCAAGACCAACUAUAGUAAAACUAAUGGAACGGAUUCAGAAUCCUGAGUAUUCAACAACUAUGGAUGUUGCACCUGUUAUUUUAGCUGCUCAUCGUAACAACUAUGAAAUUCUUACAAUGCUCUUAAAACAGGAUGUAUCUCUACCUAAGCCCCAUGCAGUUGGCUGUGAAUGCACAUUGUGUUCUGCAAAAAACAAAAAGGAUAGCCUCCGGCAUUCCAGGUUUCGUCUUGAUAUAUAUCGAUGUUUGGCCAGUCCAGCUCUAAUAAUGUUAACAGAGGAGGAUCCAAUUCUGAGAGCAUUUGAACUUAGUGCUGAUUUGAAAGAACUAAGCCUUGUGGAGGUGGAAUUCAGGAAUGAUUAUGAGGAACUAGCCCGGCAAUGUAAAAUGUUUGCUAAAGAUUUGCUUGCACAAGCUCGGAAUUCACGGGAAUUGGAAGUUAUCCUAAACCACACAUCUAGUGAUGAGCCUCUUGACAAACGGGGAUUACUAGAAGAAAGAAUGAAUUUAAGUCGUCUAAAACUUGCUAUCAAAUAUAACCAAAAAGAGUUUGUCUCCCAAUCUAACUGCCAGCAGUUCCUGAACACUGUUUGGUUUGGACAGAUGUCAGGUUACCGACGUAAGCCCACCUGUAAGAAGAUAAUGACUGUUUUAACAGUUGGCAUCUUUUGGCCAGUUUUGUCACUUUGUUAUUUGAUAGCUCCCAAAUCUCAAUUUGGCAGAAUCAUUCACACACCGUUUAUGAAAUUUAUUAUUCAUGGAGCAUCAUAUUUCACAUUCCUGCUGUUACUAAAUCUGUACUCUCUUGUCUACAAUGAGGAUAAGAAAAACACGAUGGGGCCUGCCCUUGAAAGAAUAGACUAUCUUCUUAUACUGUGGAUUAUUGGGAUGAUUUGGUCAGACAUUAAAAGACUCUGGUAUGAAGGGUUGGAAGACUUCUUAGAAGAAUCCCGUAAUCAACUCAGUUUUGUCAUGAAUUCCCUUUAUUUAGCAACUUUUGCCCUCAAAGUGGUUGCUCACAACAAGUUUCAUGAUUUUGCUGAUCGAAAGGACUGGGAUGCAUUCCAUCCUACGCUGGUGGCAGAAGGGCUUUUUGCAUUUGCAAAUGUUCUGAGUUAUCUUCGUCUCUUUUUUAUGUACACGACCAGCUCUAUCUUGGGUCCAUUACAGAUUUCAAUGGGACAGAUGUUACAAGAUUUUGGAAAAUUUCUUGGGAUGUUCCUCCUUGUUUUGUUUUCUUUCACAAUUGGACUGACACAACUGUAUGAUAAAGGCUACACUCCAAAAGAACAGAAGGACUGUGUAGGCAUCUUUUGUGAACAGCAAAGCAAUGACACCUUCCACUCAUUCAUCGGCACUUGCUUUGCUUUGUUCUGGUACAUUUUCUCCUUAGCGCACGUGGCAAUCUUUGUCACGAGGUUUAGCUAUGGAGAAGAAUUGCAGUCCUUUGUUGGAGCUGUUAUUGUGGGCACGUACAAUGUCGUGGUAGUGAUUGUGCUUACCAAACUGCUGGUGGCCAUGCUUCAUAAAAGCUUUCAGUUGAUAGCAAAUCAUGAAGACAAAGAAUGGAAGUUUGCUCGAGCUAAGUUGUGGCUUAGCUACUUUGAUGACAAGUGUACAUUACCCCCACCUUUCAACAUCAUUCCUUCACCAAAGACUAUCUGCUAUAUGAUUAGUAGCCUCAGUAAGUGGAUUUGCUCUCACACUUCAAAAGGCAAGGUCAAACGGCAAAACAGUCUAAAGGAGUGGAGAAAUUUGAAACAAAAGAGAGAUGAGAACUACCAGAAAGUGAUGUGCUGUUUAGUGCACCGUUACUUGACUUCCAUGAGACAGAAGAUGCAGAGUACAGAUCAGGCAACCGUGGAAAAUCUCAAUGAACUGCGCCAAGAUCUCUCGAAAUUCCGCAAUGAAAUAAGGGAUUUACUUGGCUUUCGGACUUCUAAAUAUGCUCUGUUUUAUCCAAGAAAUUAACCAUUUUCUAAAUCUUGUGGAGGGUAAUUUUCAAUAACAAUUCUAAAAGACUGUAUUUGCACAACUUGCAAUUAAGUAAGAUAUAUAUUGAAAAAGAAUUAUGUAAAAGCCAUUCUUUAAAAUAUUUAUAGCAUAAAUAUGUUAUGUAAAAUAUAUAUUGAGAAUUAGUUUUUUAAAACUUUCUGUUAGUGGCUUUUUGCAGGAGCAAAAUGCAUUCGGUAGAUAGAUUUUGUUCGCAUGCUGCUUGGUUUUCUUAUUUGGACAGUGCUUUCAAAUUUUUUGUGUUGUAAAGGGCAUUUAUAAAUGUUCCCAUUGCUCAGAAUGUUUUGUAAAGUGAAGAUCAGCAAAUGUGGCUGAUCUUCGUACUGAGGAUACACUUGAAAUCCAGAAGUCAUGGUUUUUAACAUCUCUGUUUUAGGAGUUCACAUAUAGUUUAGUAUUUAUUGUUUAGGAGUAUAGUUUUACCUAAAAUAAUAGUUUAUUUUUUCUUUUUUCUUUUAUUAUAAUCUUAAGCAACAAAAUUCUAAUGAAUAUUUGAAUCUAUUUAUGUCUAUCAAUUUAAAUUCACUUCAGUUUUUGUUACUGUAAUAUAUUUACUUUUACAUGGUAUAAUCAUUUUAUAUUUUUUUCUUCACUUAAAUAGUAUUUUAUAUAUACAUUUCCAUGUAUUGACAUAGUCUAUGUAUCUAAAUUUUUAUAUAAUUAUAUAGUUUUUGAAAAACUUUAGAUCAUAAAUAACAUUUAUUUUUUAGCUUUAGGAUAUUUGUUUUUAAGUCUGCAUAGCUGCUUCUCUAGGCAUUUUGUUGCUUCUAACUUUUCCUCACCAUAAUAGUGCUAUAAUUCUUUUUCAAGCUGGAGUGAAUAUUUAUAGUUAUAAAAUAGAAGAUACUUCUGUAUCAUGUAUAGAUGCACUUGUUUUGGUAUGGUAAAACUUUAGAAGACUCAAGAUUUGUUUUAUAUUUGAACUAAGGUUCUUAAGCUUGUCUCCCAAAGUAUUUUCCUUAGAAUUUAACAUGGCUUCUAAAGUGAUUUCAUGUUUGUGGAUCAUUUUUUGCUGCUUAAAAUGAAAAGCUUGAUUUUUGAAAUUAGAGAAUAAAGUAUGUAUUUAAUUUUUUUUCUGUGUUCACAUAAGAGAUGUAGCUAAAAAUUUUUUCACAGGCUAUUGCUUAUAUAUUCUUACAGCAUAUCCAGUUAAGAGGGUAUUAGGUAUAUAAUUAUCUUCUUAACUGAAUGUCAGAUAGUCUUAAAGCCACAGGGUGCAGGUAGCCCUUGGUCUAUAAUCACCACUGAUCCAGGGAUCAUUGUCUAAAUAUAGUACUAUGUUUCAUUUUGCUUUUUACUUUUUAUUUUUUAAUUUCCAAAUUUUAAGUGUUCCCUUUUUUGGGUAAAUUCUUAUAAAAAUGUUUAUUGUAAAGCUAUAUAUUUUGUCUACAAUGGGAUUAUGCACUUCCCAAUUGGGAUUUUACAUCAGGAUUUUUAGUCAUUCUCAAAAAUAAUUAUUAAAUAAAACUAUUUAUAGAGUGCCUACUGUAUGCAUGAGUUACUUAUGAGGUAUAUUUUGAAUGACAGUGUAUUGUAAGAAAAAAGGUGAAUAAAA